ACCUGCACAUGUAUUCAAACGGCAAGGUGUAUCGCAAGGUGUACUUUCCUACCUUUGCUGGAAAUCAGAAAACUGCACGACACCUUUGCCACCAGGCCUGGCGUGGCUCGAAUAUAUUCGAAAUGGACACUUACAGGAACUAUCCGGAGCGUAUCAAGCAGCACGUAGAUGACCUGCUAACAAGUCACCUCGCAGACAAGCCCGCAGUGUUCCUCACCCGGGACGCUAGGUCUCCGACUACGGCUUGGACAACAUUCACACCCGAGCUGGAACAUGGCAGAGUGGUCAGAUGGGACGCCAAACCUCUUGGGCCCGGAAUGACACCGCCGGUUGAAUUUACCGUGUGGUGCACUUCUACUGAGGUUGUCGGAGAACGUCCUAUAACCAAUCACAUGAAGGUGUAUAGAGGUGGCAAGGCUUACGGUUUGCACUACUUUGGCGUGGAGCGCAUUGGGGAGAAUACUCCUCAGGAAGCUUGCACGCGUGACCGUCGAUCGAGACACGAAUCACGCAUCUUUGACAUAAGCUUCUACCUCGACGAACUUUAUGAUCCCGUUGUCAAGAAGCCUGUUGACAAGAUGUUGACGGAAAUGAUGGGAAACAAACCUAUCUAUAUUCUAGUUGAAAACCCUGGGAUUAACGCGACAUAUGUUGCGAAAUUUACACCUCGGCGCGAGGAGGGCAAGGUUGUGGAGUGGGAAGCCGUCCGAGACACCAGCGUUGAAACACAUUCAUCAGCCGACUUAGAGGUCUUCUGCACUCAUACCAGCGAUCUAGGAGCGUUUUCCGAGUAUACAAAGAUUACUACUAGUUUGAAAUAUGACAGGUACACGGUUGUUCGGUUUUAAUAGAUCCACCGACAUAAUAUGUCGACUCUGACAUCCUUUCGGGGAGUCAAGUGCAACCACGUAUGGAAGAGAGCAUUCUAAAGAGCACGGGAUGAGGAAGAUGCCUGCAAUAUAGCUGCCUUUUGAUCCUGAUUCGUUCAUUAUACAUGUUUGUCAGUUUUUCGCAUUACGAGUACCUUCUCUUCUAUAUUCUUUUUCUGUCUGUCUGUCUGCCUGUCCGCCCGUCUCUCCGUAUGUCCGUCUCUAACUCUCUUUUGUGCAUUUUAAAAUACAUGAUUAACGCAUUACAACAACUCGCUCGUAUUUCCGCGUUGUCAGUAGCCAGUUGAAGUAUAGUGCAGCUUUUUUCCGCAACAAUCUCAGCAUUCAAGUUGUAUUCCAUGCCAAUGAAUGUGUAGAUUGCUUUUUUCUGUUCCCUUCGUCAAAUUUUUUGUUUUUGUUUUGUAUUGCUGCACAGCUUCCACCUUUCGGGUGGACGCUCAGUUGAUUUACAUGCAAACUAGUUUUAGUUUCAAUUAAACUCAUUUUGCUUGCGCUGCCCAAAUUCAUGGCUGUCAAGUUAUUAUAUCUAACAG